GCCCCAAAACAUUGAGAAAACGGUUGACAAAUCGAAGGGAGUCGUGCAGCUAUUCAAAUUUCUAAAUGAAAAAGCAAAGUGAGCUAAUAAGUCCGGAUAGUCCUAUUGAUGGGACUCCUAGACCUGCAUUUCAUUCGUCCUGCAAAGUUUUUACUGCUUCUGAUACCAGCACACAUGGUGGAUUUUCUGUCUUUCAUAAACAUGCAAAUGAGUGUCUUCCCCCCAUUGAAUAUGAGCCAACAGAUUCUGAGCUUCCGACACAGGAAUUGAUUGCUAGGGAUACACAUGGAAAUGAAUGGCAAUUGAAACAUAUAUUUAGAGGAUGUCGAGUUCUUCCCAGCAUUCGAGCAGAACGUGGCCGAGGUUUGAGGCAGUGGUCUGUGAUCACGGUCUUGAAGCUGAUGUGGUGACAUCCAAUACGGAUGCCAAUCCCGGACGACGCUUCUAUCGUUGCCAAGUCUGGAAGGAGGACGACUGUAAAUUCUUUCGUUGGAUUGAUCCAUCAUUGUCACCGAAUCAAGAGUAUUUUUCAAAAAACUGAAGCUUGAUAGGGACAACGUGCAAAGAGCAUUGAGAGAUAGGGUUGCUAAGACACUCGACGAGAGCGUCCGUUCAAAAACCGUUGAAGUUGAAGCACUCCAAGGUGUUGUCGCACAGUUGCAGCGUCAAAACCGGAACUUGAAGGUGUCAUUUGCAUGUUAUGUAUCGUCUUGUGGAUCUUGUUGUAGCUUAGCUAACAUAACUUCGGAUCUUGUUGUAGCUUAGCUAACAUAACUUCUAUGUAAUGAUCUAUGCAUGUUGAACUCCAAUGUAAUACACUCCUAUGUAGUGAAUUUUCCUCUAUGAAUGCAUUGAGUUUUGAGUUCAAAA